AUGCCGAACAGAUACGGAUAUUGCAGCUAUUGCCUCGUGCGCUAUACCGAUCUGGAUGAGCAUGUGAACAGUCCCGAACACAGAUUCAUGACUGCACAGAAUAGAGAACGGAUGGGUGUUCCCAGCAGUAGUUUGAUGGAACGAUUCUUGCAGGAUGUCCUGCUGCACCACCCCUAUCAUUAUCAAGAAAGCAGGUAAAAGAUCAAUCAAAGGACGUCUGGAGAUGAUGAAGCACCUGCCGAAGUGAUUCUCAUGGAUGAUUCUGCUUCUGAAGAAAUGGCUGACGAGGCUCCUGGAGACAGAGGAGAGAUACCCACCCAAAAUCCUGAGCCUACUGAAGAGUUGCAUUCUAGACCUAGUGUGUCACAGGAAUGUAGACAGGGUGUACCAAUUCGGCCAUCAGUUAUUCAAAAAUUGGAGAAGGGGCGGCAGCAGCCCUUGGAAUUUGUUUAUAAAAUUGGGAGUGGCCUGAAAGAAUUUAAUCCAGUAGGUGUUGGUCAAGCUACAAAUACUGGAAAAAAACCAGUAGGUCCCUCAGUGAUUUCUACUGCUCCUGCUCGUCCUUUGCCCGAAAGUUCUAAUGCUCGACCAGUUAUAACUAGUACUGCUAGGUUACCAGUAGCAGCCAAUUCAGAUUCGGUUAACAAACGUGACCCAAACAAAGUUGACAGAUACCUUGAACAGGGAGACGGGGGCUCUAGAAAUCCUAUGCCCUCAUCCAGUCUAGAAAAUGCUUCAGUUUUAAAUCCGAAACCUAAAGAGUCAAACAGAAAAUCUGUGUGUAUAAAUCCAGAUAAAUCGGUUAUACAGGAAGAUGUAAAAUCUCGGGGUAAAACUUUGUCAACUGGCUUUCAAUCUCAUGCAUCUAUGGGAACUGAUGGUUCCUUAAAUGUUGAAUCUGUUUCCAAAUUAGCAGUUAACCCCACAAUCAAUCAGAAUAAAAAUGAUACGCCUUCUAAUAAAAGAAUCGCUGAAGGUACCAUUCCAAAGCACCAUGAGAAAUCUGUUCCUAAUAUGGAUCGUACUCAAGAAAAAAAGCAUUUGGUUUUUAACAAGCCAGCCCCUUUGGAACAGAAAUGCUCAGUGAUCACUAAAAUGGAGUUUGCAUGUGGCUCUCAGUCAGUGUCUGAUCAACCUGAAGUGGCCAUACAAGAUCUUUGCUGCGAGGAGCAAAUUGACCAAGAAGAUAAGACCUAUGAAUCAAGAGGUUCUGAAAUGAGUUUUGAUUGCAGUUCCUCUUUUUAUUCACUGGCUGACCAACCGAAAGUGACUGCCAAAGAAACAAACCUUGCAGAGGAAGUACGUGAUGAUUUGCAGCAUAACAGUAAUGAAUCUUGUGUUUCUGAAAUAAGUUCUGUUCACGAUGCCCCUCUUCAGUUGGCUACCAACCGAAUUCAAGUAAUUGUUAAAGGCAUUAGUGUUCAGAAGGCAGUGCCUGUUCGCCUGGUUGAUGAAAGCUAUGAUUCUAGUGAUUCUGAGAUGAAUUUUGAUGGUGAUACCUCACUUCAGCCAACUGAUGAUGACGCACAACAGCCUGCAAAAGAAGUAGACCUUCCUCAGGAGGCACACAUGGACUUGGAUAAGAACUGUGGGUCUGGUAGCUCUGAAAUAAGCGCUGGUUCUGUUUUACCACUUCAGCCAGUGAUUGAGCAACUCCCAGUGGCUGUCACUGACACAGAACCUCAGGAGAAGGUUUACACUGGCUUGGUUGACAUGAACUAUGGAUCGAGCAGUUCUGAAACAAGUUUUGGUUGUGAAGUUUCUCUUCCGUCAGUAAUUGUCCAUCCCCAACUGACUGUCAAAGAAAGCAAUCUAAAGGAGAGCCCUGUCAACCUGAAAGAUAACAACAAAUCCAGUAGCGCUCAAGCACAUCUUGACUGUGGCGUCUCUCUUGAGGCAGUGACUGAUGAACCUCAGAGGGUUGCUGAAGAAAUAAAUCCGAAAGAGAACAAUGACGUUAUGGAGAUGAACUGUGAAGACUAUCGUCCUGAAAUGAAUUUCCACACUGAUGCUCAGUUGGUGGCUGCCCAACCUCAAGUAGCAGUUCAGGAAGUAAACCCUCAAGAAGCAGCUAUUGACCCGCAGAAUAAGAGUGCUAACUCUAAUGUUUCUGAAGUAAGGGUUAAUUCUCAUGCUUCUCCUCAACAGUCAGCUAAUGAACAACCUCCCGGAGCUCUGGGCGACAUAAAUAUGAAAGAGUUAAAUGUUGAUAUGGAAGUUAAGAGCUAUGGGUGCUCCAGCUCUGAGAUGACCUUUGAUUCUGAUCCUCCUCUCCUGUCAGUUACUGAGCAUUCUGAGCUGAAUGCUGAAGAGAUAAGGAAAAAGGACAUUAACAUGGAAGAUGAGAGCUGUGGCUCAAAUAGUUCUGAAAUAACUUUUAAUUCUGAUAUUCCUCUUUGCCCAGUAGUUGACCAAUCUCAAGUAGCUGAGGAGGAACCUGUUGAUCAGGAAAACAAGAAUAAUGAAUUUUGUGGUUCUGAAAUGGCUUUUGAUUCCAAUAUACCUCUUCCUUCAGAGACUGAUCAACCUGAAGUAGGUGUUAAAGAAGUAAUUGUUCAGAAAGAAAAGCAUGCACACUUACGAAGGAAGAAUGAUGAACCCAGUGGUUCUAAAAUAAAUUUGGAUUUUUAUGUCCCUUCUCUUUCAGUGACAAAUUCUCCUGGAGUUCUUGUUAAAAGACGGAAGCUUCAAGAAGAAGAACAGAUGCACAUUCAACCUGGUGUUUUUGAAUUAAGUUUGAAUUCUCAUUCAGCAAUUGGACAUUCUGAAAAUCCCAUUGAAGACGUAAACCUCCAGAAUGAAGAGCAUGUACAGCUAGAAAAUAAGGGUAAUGGACCUGAUGUUCCUGAAAACAGUUUGAAAUCUUACAUUUCUCGUUCAGUGACCAAUCAUCCUGACAGAGCUGUGAAAGAAAUAAACCAUCAGAAAGAAGAACAAAAAAACUUAAAAGAUAAGGGAAAGGAAUUAAGUGUUUCUGAAACAAGAUCGGAUUUCAGUAUCCCCCUUCAGUCAGUUAUUCAAAGAACUGAUGUAGUUCUUAAAGAAAUGUGGCUUCAAAAAGAAAAGCAUGCUGAAUUUAGCGGUUCUAAAAUAAAUUUAGAUCCUGAUGUCUCUCGUUAUUCAGUGACUGAAUCUCAAAUAGCUGUUAAAGAAAGAAAUGUCCAGAAAGAUGAAUAUGUUUUAGAAAACAAGAGUGAUAAAUAUAGUGGCUCUGAAAUAAAUGUCAUUCCCCAUUUGAUGACUGAAAAACCUCAGCUGGCUGUUUUGAGGGAGGACCAUGUUGACCCAGAAGCUGAAAGUACUAAAUCUAGAGGUUUUGAUAUAAAUUUGGAUAUUGGUCCCCCUCGUCCAUCAGUCAUUGAGAAAUCUCAGCUAGCCCUUUUGAAGAAGAAACAUGUUGAUCCAGAGAACACAAGCAGCGAAUCUAGCUAUUGUAAAGUAAAUUUUGAGUCUAAUGACCCUCUUCAGCCAUUAACUGCACACUAUCAGGACGUGAUUAAAAAAACAAACCUGUCGGAGGUAAAGGAUAUUGACCCAGCAAAUAAAGUCGAUAAGCCUAAUGAGUCUAAAUUAAUACAGGAUUCUGAUGUUUCUCCUCAGUCUGUGCCUGACCAACCUGAAGCAGCUGUUAAACAAAUAAACCUUGAGAAUGAAAGUCAUGCAUACUUGGAUGAUAAUAACAGCCAAUAUAGUGGUUCUGACAUGAGCUUGGAUUCUGAUUACUUGGCUCAGUCAACAGUUGAUCAAUCUCAAAUAACUAUUUUGGAGAAGGAGCAUAUUGAGCUAGAAGAUAAACACCGUAAAUCCUGUGGUUCUGAAAUAAGUUUUGACUCUGAUGACCCUCUUCAGUCAGUGGCUGAGCAGGUUAGAGAAACUGUUAAAGAAAUAAGCCUUUGGAAGGAUGAAGAUGUGGAAGAGACAACGGAUAAACCGGAUGGUUUUGCAAUUAUGUAUGAUUCUAAUGUCCGUUUUCAGUCAGUGGCUGGCCAAACUGAGGAAAUUAUUAAGGAGAUUAACCGUUGGAAGAAGCCUGUAGAUGUGGAAGGUAAGAUUGUCAAACGCAGUGAUUCUAAAAUAAAUUUUGACUCUAAUCAACAUGUUCAUUCUGUGGCUAAUGAAAUUCAAGAGGCUACUACAGAAAUAAAUCUGAGGGAGGGACAUGUUUAUCUGCAUGAUAAGGGCUAUGAACCCAAGGAUUCUGCAAUGAUUUAUGUUUCAAAUGUCCAUCUUCAACCAGCAGUUGAGCAACCACACAUUUUGGAAGAGGAACAUGCUAAUUUGGUAGAUAAGAGCAAUGAUCCUUGUGGUCCUGAAAUAAGUUUUACUUGUGACGAUCCUCUUCAGUCUGACCAGCUUGAAAAAGCUGGUAAAGUCAGUCUUUGGAAGGAAGGCCAUAUUUACCUGGGAGAUAACUAUAAAGUAGAUGGUUUUCAAAUCAGUUGUGAUUCUGAUGCUCCUGUUCAAUUAGUUGUUGGUCAGUGUCCAGUGGCUGUCAAAGAAAUAAACUUGGAAAAGAAGGAUCAUAAUGACUUAGAAAAUCAGCACUGUGAACCGAGUGUUUCUGGAAUAAAAUGUGAUUCUGGUAUUCAUCUGCAGUUAGAAGUUGACCAACCUCAAAUGGUUUGCAAAGAAAUGAACCUUCAGAAGACAGCGCAUCUUGGCAUGGAAGAAAAGACUAGUGAUUCUGAAAUAAUGUCUGAUUCUGAUGUCCCUCUUCAAAUAAUAGUUGACGAAUUUCAGGUGUCAGUCAAAGAAGCAGAUCCUCAAAAGAUGCUGUUAGUGAACCUGGUGACCGGUGAUAGUGACUGUGAAGUGAUUGCUGAUUCUGAUACUUCAUGUCAGCCAGUGAUUGACUCACCUCAAGUGACUGUGGAAGGAAUUGCCGGUAUAAAUGCAAAAAGUUUUGAUCUAGAAGGUGCAUGCUGUGACUGUUGUGAUUCAGAACUAGGCUAUGUUUGUGAAGCCUCUCCUCAAUCAGAGUCAAACCAAUCCAGAAAGACUUUCAAAGUAGUAAACCAGAAGAAAGACUAUAUUAUUCUGGAAGAGUCAGCCUGUGAGUCUUAUGGUUCUGAAAUAAAUGUUCAAAAAGAUGCCUCCCACCAGUCCAAGACUCACCAAUCACCAGGGCCUGACAAAAAAAGAGCAAAAAAAAAUAACCCAAGAGGCAAGAGAGGUAAAUCUACUAGUCCUAAAAGAAGAUGUAAUUGGGAAGAAACUUCUCCGCCGAAGACUCGUCAACAGCAUAAAGCUGACAAAGAAGACAACACUCGCAAAGAUCAGAAAGGCCCAAGAGGUAAGCGCGGUCGGCGUGGUUCUUCUGCAAAGGAUAGUAAUACCUCUCCUGAGUCAGCAGACCUUCAAAUGGCUAAUGGAGAUAACCGUUUGAAGUUGAAGUUAAAGUUAAAACGUACAGAUCCAAAAAAUAAGAACUCUAAAACUUGCGUUUCUGCGGUGAAUCUUCAGUGUGAUCACCCUUCUCAGUCUGACAAUGACCGGACUCAAAAAGGUGUGAAAAAGAUGUCUUUUAGCCUGAAAGAAAUGAAGCGUGAUUCCCCUUCAAGCUCUGGUUCUAGGGGUGAUUCUGGAAGGAAAUCAAAAAAAGCAAAGUUGGUUUUGGAAGAUAAGUCUGAUGAACCAGUUCUUGAAGCCUUGCCUCAUGUCCCUCCUUCAUUUGUAGGGAAAACAUGGUCUCAAAUAAUGAUAGAAGAUGACAUAAAAAUUAACACUCUUGUGAGGGAAUUUAAGGAAGGCCGUUUCCACUGUUACUUUGAUGAUGACUCUGAGCCUAGGAAAGUGAAAAAAACAUAUUCCAAUGAAGAACCGAAGAUUGUCUCAUCGGACCUAAAUGACACUGCAUUCAUUGAAGUUCUCUUAGAGUGUGAUUAUAAUGUUGAUGACUUUUCAGUAGCCUUAGAUAAACCUAGCCAUGACCCUAUAGAAAAGAUGCCUUAUGAACAAACCUGGCGAGUGACUUCUAGAUGCCAGACUGUAAAAGUCAGCAGUGGAGGUCAAACCAGUCUCAUGAGUUACAUAGUGACAAAAAGAGUAAGUGAACAUGAGACAUACUCGCCAUCACUGAAACGUUUACUUGUAAACAACAACAGGAGACCAAAAAAGAGAAUCCAAAUUGGAAGACUUGAAUUUCUUGAAUCAUGUACUAACAUUUUGAAGCCUUUGCACCCCAAUGCCUUAGUCUAUGUUGUUUCUUCAAAUCUUAAGCUGAAUGAAGGUGAAUCCUUCAACGUCUCUGAAAUUAGCCAGCAGAGUGAUAAAAACAAACAGGACAUUAACAUCCAGUACAAAUGUAAACUUGAUUCUUAUGACCCAUUGAAUAAACAAACUGUAAUUGAUGAUCCUCUGAACAUGGAAAUACCAGAGUCUGACAAGAAUGAUGACUGGAUUCAGAUUCACUUUAGUGACUUAACCUCCAGUGCAGGAGAUGACGAUGCUCAUGUACAAAGCUCUACUUCAUCACCUUUUAUUACAGUGUCAGUAAGACAUGAAGUAACAUCCGACGAGGGGGCCAAUGGGUCUUCCGUGUUUCUGGCAAAAUCGGAGAUCUUGAACUCUAGUGAAUUUCUGAAAGAGAAGAAUUUCCAGUUAACUCUCUUAAACAGUGAUGCUGCCAAAAUCUCACGAAAAUCAGUGAGGAAGAAGUACUUAAAAAGUAAAAAGAAAGUUCAGAGAAGGAAGGUGACAACUAAUAAUAAGCCAGGUUUACUCAAAAAGGUGUACAGACCAGUUAUUCUUCAGGAAAUAACCAGAAUCACAUCAGAAAAACAGUCAACUUGGAUUCCUUCCAAACUAAAUGAUAUCAUUAAAAAGUAUAUUUCAAAAUACUCUGUUUUUCUGCGUCGCAAAUAUCAGUCCAGAAGGGCUUUUAUUGGAAUGCAUCUUAAGAAGACAAAAUCUGUUCUCAGAAGGUUAAAGAAGGCGAAGAGACCUGCCAAAAUGCUUUCAAACUCAGUUCCAUCAGCUGAUGCCGAAGAGCAGUUCAGUGCUGUCAAGAGCUCUUCUCCCAAGCAACGUGUGCAGGAUUCUCCCGGCACUGCAGAAACUAAGAAGAAGGCUAAUAAAAAACGCCCCAAAAGAAAGCAAAAAAAGCGUCCUAAACCUGUCAGAAUAUAUGAGCUGAGAAGUUUAUAUUCUCAGGUGCCAUAUUCUGAUAGAAGGAUGACUCGACUUUUACACAAAUUGUUGCUCAGUAAGGCAAACCACAAGUGUUCAUGCUGA